GCCGCGGCUUCCGGCGUCAUGGCGGCCUAAGCCCAGCAGCGGCGGUGGCGGCGGCGGCGGCGGCGGCGCGCGGUGGGCCCCUCCCUGCGGAGCGGCCGGCGGCGGCAAUGUGACCGGCGGACGCCGCCGGCUGCCUGGCGUCGCGUCAGCGCCGCGUCGCCCUCAGUCCGCACGGAUGGCGGCGUCCGGCUGCGCGUGGGGCGCCGAGCCGCCGCGCUUCCUGGAGGCCUUCGGGCGGCUGUGGCAGGUGCAGAGCCGCCUGGGCAGCGGGUCCUCGGCGUCGGUGUACCGGGUGCGCUGCUGCGGCACCCCCGGCUCGCCCCCCGGCGCGCUGAAGCAGUUCCUGCCGCCUGGCGCCUCCGGGGCCGCCGCCUCGGCCGCUGAGUAUGGCUUCCGCAAGGAGCGCGCUGCGCUGGAGCAGCUGCAAGGCCACCGCAACAUCGUGACUCUGUAUGGCGUCUUCACCAUCCAUUUCUCCCCCAACGUGCCGUCGCGCUGUCUGCUGCUGGAGCUCCUCGACGUCAGCGUCUCGGAGCUGCUCCUGUACUCCAGCCGCCAGGGCUGCUCCCUGUGGAUGAUCCAGCACUGCGCCCGGGACGUGCUGGAGGCCCUCGCCUUCCUGCACCGCGAGGGCUACGUCCACGCCGACCUCAAGCCGCGGAACAUACUGUGGAGCGCAGAGAGCGAGUGCUUCAAGCUCAUUGACUUUGGGCUGAGCUUCAAAGAGGGCAAUCAGGAUGUGAAGUACAUUCAGACAGACGGGUACCGGGCCCCAGAGGCAGAGCUGCAGAACUGCCUGGCCCAGGCCGGCCUGCAGAGCGACACGGAGUGCACCUCGGCCGUGGACCUGUGGAGCCUCGGCAUCAUCCUGCUGGAGAUGUUCUCCGGGGUGAAGCUGAAGCACACGGUCCGGUCUCAGGAAUGGAAGGCCAACAGCUCCGCCAUCAUCGACCACAUGUUUGCCAGCAAAGCGGUGGUGAACGCCGCCAUCCCAGCCUACCACCUCCGAGACCUCAUCAAAAGCAUGCUCCACGACGACCCGCGCAGGAGGAUCCCCGCCGAGGCCGCGCUCUGCAGCCCCUUCUUCAGCGUCCCGUUCGCAGCCCCUCACGUGGAAGACCUGGUGACGCUCCCCACCCCGGUGCUGCGGCUGCUGAACGUGCUGGAUGGCGCCCACCUGGAGAGCGAGGAGGGCUACGAAGAUGCCGUGGAGGACGUGAGGGAGGAGUGUCAGAAGUUCGGGCCCGUGGUGUCUCUGCUGGUCCCCAAGGAGAGCCCUGGCCGAGGACAGGUUUUUGUCGAGUACGCGAAUGCCGGCGACUCCAAAGCUGCUCAGAAGCUGCUGACGGGAAGGAUGUUUGACGGGAAGUUUGUGGUGGCGACGUUCUACCCGCUGAGCGCCUAUAGGAGGGGCUACCUGUACCAGACCCUGCUUUAGCCAGCGACCUCGGGACGCACGCCCCUCCUCCUCUCCACCCCGGGGUUACCGUGCUCCUCGCGCGGCGCAGCACUUCCACUCUUGUUCCGCCUGUGCAGGCGCAGCCGCUGCUCUGGCACAGGCUGCCCUGCCGACCCGGGCACGGGCAGGACGGGGCCUGGCCGCCGCCCUGCGGGUCCCUGGCGGCGGGCGGGGCGGCCCUCCGGAGUGUCCGGCACUUGCUCCUGAGGCUGGGCGGCCGGCCCCUGUCGGGGAGGGGUCGCCCGCGUCCCGCACUGCGUCUCGGAUGCGUCAGGGAGUCCCGUGGUGCCGAGCGUCCCUUUAAAGAAACUGCAGUGAGCCUGUCUCCGUGUGUGUGUUAAGGCUCUGUAGGCAGGAAGCUGAUGCUUGAUGUUGCACAACUUGCUGUCGCUGUGCUUGCCGGCGCGAGUGCAGGUGUGAGUCAGGAACCCAGGCGGGUCCCUUUGCUGCGAGUCCUGCGAGCGCUCGGCGCGCCCCCGUCCCUGCCGCUGUCCCGCCUGCCCGAGCGAGGGCGCGAGUCUUCUGAGAACCGGCCCGUCUGACAGAGUGGGCGAGAAGCGAGCUUUUGGCUGAGAGGCUCAGGCCGGGAGUCUGGGCCGGGCCCCGUCGGACCGCACAGAGCCCGGUGGUCGGGUCCCGCGGCUUGUCCCCGUCUUCCGCCUGCGUGAGGCCUGUGUGGUGAGCUCACCGUCCUGCUGAGUGUGCUGUGGUCGCUGUUGGCUGUCUCGCGGCGCAGUUCUGCCCCCUGCCGCCGAAAGCCGAGGGGUCCGGAAAAGAAGGAGGCACUUGUCAGGUGAAGGGAAAAGAAAAACCGCAGACAGACAGCGGGCGACCCAGAUUUCUCCUGUUCUGCGCCUUUCCCUCCCCGCCCGGCCCCCAGCCUCGGCCCAGUCCUGCCUUCGCCGAGGAUGGAGCUGGAGGGGCCGCGUCCUGCGCGGCCUUGUUGGGCAGGCGGGGAGCUAGGAAGGGUGCAGCUGUGCAGGAGAGCGUGGCAGCAGGGGCAGCCCCCGGGAGAGGGUGCCGGGCGGGGUCCUGCUCCUCCCACUGCACGGGGACUGUCAGGGUGGGAGUCGAAACCUUGAUGAAGCACUGACUCUACAGAAAAAGAGGACGCAGUAUGGAUUCGUCCUUGUUUCCUUACCUAAGUGAAAUUGCUAUUUAUUUGCUUUUUUCCAAGGAAGCCAACUUUUAUCUCCUUCCCUGAUGGAAGCCUCCUGUGUGGGCCGUGCUGGUCCCCGAGAGCCCAGAUAGAACCCGCCCACGAGAGGGGGAGCCCUGUCACUCUGCCCUGCAGGACCGACGGGCGCGUUGGCUCCCCAUAGCCUCCUGGCUCUUUCGGGCUCUUCCUCGAUGUUUGCUAGGAAGCAGGGUGGUGUAUGGAGGCUGGUGUGUGACUUGCCAAAGGCCGGUGGCCUGGUCCCGGGGUGCGUGACAUGGGAACUUCCAGUCCCUGCCCUUCGGAGGCAGGGCUGCGGCGGCUCACGCGGGCCCUUGCGGGCCCUCGCAGGCCCUCGCAGAGGCUGGUGGCCGGCUGAUUGGCCGCUCGUGCACGAGGGUGUGGCUAGGGUGGCCGGGGCCCAGGUCCCCCAGAACAGGUGUUGGGGAGGGGGGCGGCCAUGUCCACGGCGAUUCGCUGCCAGGCCUCCCGUGGGUCCUGGUGAACCUGCAGCACGCAUGGUUCCUUGGGAGGGCAGGUGUCCUAGGCGCGCGCAGGCGCCUCCUGCUCCCCUGCCGCCGCCGCCGCCCAGGCCCUUAGAU